UCACUUAAUCCCACCUCCCAAUAAGUGGUAAUAAAGCAUGGUUCUUGCUGUAAAAAAAUUUUGCCAUUUUUGUUUUAACUUCUUUCUGCUGAAAAAUUAUGGCUUUAACUGAGAGCAGGAAUUUCAAAAAAUUAAAUGGUUACAACUACAAGGAAUGGCAUUUUAAUUUCAGGAUGCAGUUGCUCAACUUGGAACUAAUAGAAUUUGUGAAUAAAAAAGAUCAUGUUUUGGAUACUAAUGCUACAUAAGCAGAACAAUGGAAGUUUGAAUUGAGGAAAGCAAAAAAAAAUGUUACCUCCUACCUCAAAAAAUAUUUUCACUGUAACUGCAAUUGUGAUACAUAUUUUUUUUUCUGUAUUAUUUUAAGUUUCUGAAUCUGGAAACAGAACUUGCCAAAAAUGGCUGCUUGGAGUUGUAUUUUGGUAAGAACACGUGCUUGAUUGUAAUGAUUUCUAAGCCUAUAUUUUCUACUUAUGCUCACAACUAUUUUAGGUAGUUAAACUCAUUUUUCCUGUUCAAUGAACACAUUUUAUGGAAGCUAGUACUGUUGUUUCCCUAUAUAGAAGAUAGAUUUUGAAUAUCUGAAGAGAAAUUAAAAUGGACCAACCAAGUGCGGCUGAAAGAAAAAAAAAAAGUCGGGCUAAGCAGAGUGAGGUUAAAAAGCUUGAAGAUAGAGCUAAAGCAAAGAAUGGAAUGAAAGCUUUAAGACUUAAAAGAAAAGAUAAGAAAUUAAAGAAAAAAGAAGCUGAGGCUUCAAAACUGAGAAUGAGAAAAAUGAGAGAGAAAAAGAAGUCUGAGUCCUCUUUGAGCCAACAGCCUACAACCAAAGCAUAUUCAACACCACAAUCAUUAGGAAAAGCAGUGAGAAGAAUUAAAAAAUCUUUGCCAUGUAGUCCAAGUAAAAAGCAAGCAGUUGUGGUCAAAAUAGCUUCAGACUUGGGACUUAUAAGUCCAUCUACUAAACCUGUAAAGAAUUAUGGCCUUUCUAAAGAUACUAAAGAGUGUGUAAAAGUAUUUUACUAUCGAGAUGAUAUUUCCAGACAACUUCAAGGAAAAAAAGAUGUUAAAUCAGUUUUAAAUCCAGAGACAAAUAAAAGAACACUUCUGCAGAAACGGCUACUAAUGUACAACUUAAAAGAUGCUUUUCAAUUGUUCAAAAUUGAUCAUCCUAAUAUUGAAAUAGGAUUGUCAAAGUUUUGUGAGCUUCGACCCUCAGAAGUAGAAACUGUCGGAUGUAAAGAUCAAGCAGUUUGCUGUUGCCCAUAUUGUGAAAAUUUUGCCUUUCUUCUAAAAAUGAAACAAAAGUGUAAAAAUUGCCCAAUGCAAAUUAAAAAAUUCAUUGAUGAAGAAUUGGAUUUAAAUGAAGGUAAAGUAUGUGUAAAUCAAUGGAACAAAGGAAAAUUAGAAGAAAAUGUUCUUGAAGCUAAAAAAUUCAUUGAAGAGCUGAUUUCACAAUUAACCACCCUCUUAAAGCAUAUCUAUAAUAUCAGUCGCCAAGCGAAAGAGAUCAGAAAACAAAAGGAUAGUUUACUUCCAGGUCAGCUGUUAAUGCAGAUCGACUUCUCUCAAAAUUACGAAAUUAAACACCAGAAUGAAGUGAUGGCUGCUCACUGGAAAACUGACCAAGAUUUAUCUGUAACAGUCUACACUGCGGUAGUUUAUUUCAGACGAGUAGAAGAUGAAGAUUUGGAAACUAAGUGUUAUGCUGUGAUAUUCGAUUUCAAUCGGCACACUUCUGCGAUUGUUAAAAUCUUCAAUAAAGCAAUAACUGAAGACAUUAAAAAAAUGGUGAAUUUUAAAAUUACAAGCAUAAACAUUUGGUCAAAUGGUGCCGCAGCACAUUUUAAGAACAGGCACAGCAUGUCAUUGAUGUUUUCUGAUGCGUUAUAUAUUGAAUGGAACUUCAGUGCUUCGUACCAUGGAAAAAGGCCACAUGAUGGCAUAGGGGCUGUUUUGAAGCGGCAUGUGUGGAAAAAGGUGUUGCAAGGAAAAACAAUAAUUAAAAAUGCAUUUGAAUUUUUUAAAGAAGUAGCAAACAGAUCAGACGCAAAUAUAACAUGCCUUUUUAUUGAAGAAAAAGAAAUCUUACAAGAACUGGUUGAUAUCGAAAAUGGAUUUGAGUCCAUAAAAGAACUGAAAGGCAUACAGUCUUGUCACUGUGUGAGGAAAACAACAAGCUCAUUUGGCAUUGACAUGUUUUUAAACACUGGAGAUGAAAUCCCACUCAGCACUAUACCCAAUCUGAUGGAAACAAAAGUGAAUUGUUCUUUAACUGGUGGAACAAUUUCUAUUGAAUUGGAGAAUUACUACAGCAUAUUGUAUGAUGAUAAUUGGUAUAUUGGUAGAAUAAUUGAGUUUGAUAAAAACUCAGAAAUGUGCAAAAUAAAGUUUUUGCAUGAGACCGAUGUAGGUUUUAAAUGGCCAAGUGCAGAUGAUGUUGCAAAUGGUGGGAAAAAAAUUUAUUUUAUCUGGUCCCAUCCAGCUAAUGGGAAACUUACCUUUCCAUGUAAACUACGAAACUAGAAGGAACAUUAGUUUCCUAUAUAAAAAUUAUAAGAAAGGACUACGAUUGAUUAAAUUAACUUCUUGAAUCUCUAUCUCAGUAUCCAAAUGGGUAUCUCUGUUCUUUUUCUUUUGUAUUUUUAAUUUAAAUUUUCUUUCAAUAAAGCUGAAUAUUUCUUGUAUUAAAACACA